AUGAUGGACCGUAUAACAAUUCGUUCACCCCUGUUGGUGGUGAUCGCCUCUUUCUUGAUUAUGGCAUGUGUUAAUGGUGAAAUCGAGCAGCGAGCGUCGAGGCAGUCGAUCGAAGAACCUCCGCAGACCCUUGAGGAAACCAUGAACAAGGACUGCAGCAAGUCCUACAGUGCCACGUGCCUCAAGCUGGACGUUGUGUCCUUCGUUGAUAAACUUUCCGAGCAAAAGGACAUCGGAAUACUUCCCGGGGUGUCUGUCGUCCAGGAGAACACCUCCGAGAACGUGUCUUCUUCGGACAUAGUUGCCAACCUGGCGAGGGAGUUCCCUAAUGAUGUUGACAGACGACUGGAUGCAUAUCUGUUGCACAAGAUCGGGACCUACUUGAAUAGUCACUCUAUCUCUAUCAAACUGUUCGACCCGAAGACGUUUGAGGCUGCCAGGAGCUUCAAUGAGGAGACUCUUUCGCAGUUUGGGUUUUCCGCGGGGUCUAAUGUUGAGACUGGUCGAGGAAGGAAGAACAAGGGCAACAUGGGAGCCCUCGCAGCCGGACUCAUGAUGAUGAAGGGAACUCUAGGUGCUCUAGGAUUCGGUGCUCUAGCUAUGCUAGCGGGUAAGGCCCUCAUGACCGGCCUGAUGGCACUCAUGCUGUCGGCUAUUGUUGGGCUCAAAUCGUUGACGAGCGGUGGAGAGAAGAAGACUACUUAUGAGAUUGUUAGCAAGCCCGUCUACUCGUCCUCCCACACGCACAGCAGUGAGGAGCAACAUCACGGUCACGGAUAUGGACAUUCCGGAUACGCAAGAUCUCUUGAUAUCGUCGACUCCAAUGUCCAAGAGGGCAUUCGGAAGUACGGAAAUGUGAGGGAUCGUCGGGCUGUUUAA